AUGAUGUCGAAUGAUAUCUCUAAUGGAAAUGGUUCAUCAGUUGAUAAAGAUCAUCUUGAUUUACAACAUCAGACAAAUGUACAUCAAACAGAUUUGAAUUCAAGUAAAACAUUGAUUCGACGUUGUGCUCGAGGACGUGGUGUUCAAAUAUAUAUGGCCCGUCAUGCUUAUCGUGGAGAUACAUUAUCAUCACUAUUAUCUUUGUCCAACAAACAUUGUACUACUAACCUUAAUGUGUAUAAAGGGUGUCUCUCACCAUCAUCCUUAAGUUCUAUAGGAACAUCAAUUCAAUUGAGUGAUCUAACAGGUAUAUCCAAAGAAGAAGCACAACAAGGCAAACAAGUUGUUGUUGACAAAGCAUGUUCAUUACCAAAUCCAAUAGCAAGUAUUGAAUAUCAAGAGAAAGAGAUAUUCAUUGAUCCAAUAACUACAUACAAAACAGAAUCACAACAAACAGAACAAUGUGUUAAUGAAAAAGAUGCAGAUUUAUUAUUAUGUACACAAGCAAAUGUUGAAUAUAUAAAUGACAAUAUUUUAUUGAAUAUUCAAAACAAAAAUCAAUUGGCACCGAUUGAAAGAACUAGUCAUUAUUUAUCUCGUCCACAAAUUGAAUCUGAAAUAUUCAAUAUGAUCAACAAUAUCCUGUUAUCUGAUCCUAACCAAAAAUGUUCAUCGUUAUAUGUUGCUGACGCUCGAUGUCAUUUUGAUACAUUAUUUGACAAAUUAAAUUGUCCAAAUCAAACCAUUUGGAAAUAUUUGGAACAUAAUCAUCGAAUCUACGAAAAAGGCAUUGAUAUGUUAUACAUAAUCCAAGCUUAUUUUGCACCUUGCCAUUUUCUUGAAGAAAAUUGGAAACAAAAGUUUUCCAGAUAUAUGGGACAUCCAAUUGUCUAUGGUGUUGUUGGAAUGCAUCCAUUAUAUGCACAUCAUCUUGAUUUAACAAUGGAGUUGAAUAUACGACGUUGCAUAUCACAUCCGAAGGUGAAAGGUGUAGGAGAAAUUGGUCUUGACUAUUCAAGUACACUACGACCAUCUGAUGAUUCUCAAAUAUAUGCUUUUGUUCAACAACUAUCUAUAGCUCGUGAAAAAAAUCUUCCUGUGGUUGUUCAUUCACGAAACAGUUUUAUUCAAACAAUGGAAAUAUUAUGUCAAGAAUUGCCAAAUGAUCAUAAAUUAUGCUGGCGUCAGUUUGAUUAUGGAAAUGAAGAAAUGGAUAUAGUAAAAUUAAAAUUCAGUUGUGUAUUUUUUGGGUGCAGUCCAAGUAUUUUUGUGAAUGAAAAUAUGAAAAAAAUGAUCCAACGUGCAGAUAUUAAUUCAUUACUUAUUGAAAGUGCGGCACCACAUCUUACAAUUGAUGAGGCAAGAUCUUCUUUUGAAAUUUACUUAAAUAUGAAGCAUAAUUUUAUCUCUUUAGUGCCCUCAUGUUUGGGAAACGCACCCGAUUUUUGUCAUAAAAGUUUAUCAAUGUAUUGGUAA